GCUACACGGAGGGGGCGCCGGUGGGGGUGCCGCUGGUGUUCCUGGUCGCCUGGUUCGCGGUGACCUGCUCCUUCCUGCGGCUGCCCGUGCGCUACGUGCCGCAGGUGUUCCGCUGCCCCCUCAGCCCCUUCCUGCCCUCCCUGGGCAUGCUGGCCACCUUGCACCUCAUCGGCUCGCUGGGCUGGCCCGCCUACGUGCGCUGGGUGGUGUGGUUCACGCUGGGCACGUGCGUGUACCUGUCGUACGGAAUGCACAGGUCGCAGGGUGACGCCUCCUAUCUGGGUCGCCCCUCCACCUCCCUGCAGCAAUCCCUCAUGCUCGCCUCACCCGCCUCCGCCUCCUCACGCUCCUCCGCACGUACCUCGGAGACCGGCGGACCCGCCUCACCGCCACUCUUCUCCUCCCUGGCAUCCUCUAGUAGAGAUGCACCUGCUUUGGGCACCGCUGUACCGCGGUCCUCCUCCUCCUCCGCUGUCGGUCUGGUAGGAUCCGGAGGUGUUGGGAUAGCUCCGAGCGGUGUUCACGCUGCCUUCAGCGGCCAGUUAGGCGGCGGCAUGGGAGGAGGGGGAGGAGACCGAGGCGGCGCAGGAAAUGGGGUGGUAAGCAUCAGCAGUGGGGAUGUGGAGCCCUCACUAGCACGACCACCCCACCAUCGCCAUCCAGCAGCCUAUACUGCAGCGGCCGGGGGGCACCAAGCUCGACAAAGCGGGGGGCUGGGUCGGAGUCACUCGCAUGGGCAUGGGCGAAGCAUGGGUGCGAUGGACAUGGUCGAGAUGACGGCCG